CCAUUUAGCCCAUUCGGCUGCCGUUAGGUUUCCGAGAAUUCUCCCGGCGGACUGGGACUCGGUCGCCGGCGGACCCGGCAGCUCCUCUUCUGAUUAAAAGCGGAGCUCUCCUCCUCUCUCUACCCAAUCUGCAACCUCACCUUCCCCGCCUCCACUCUUCUCGCCUAGCCCGAUUCCGUCGCGGUUCACCUUGUCUCCAACUCCGACAGGCGCCAACGCGUUCAUCUGCUCGUUCUGCCGCCGGGAUACCUCGGGCGGCCGCCCGACCUCGCCACAGUGGUGGAUCCGCCCCUGCCCGGACCCCGGCACCAUAUGAUUACUAAUGUGUUAAAGCCAUUUGUGAAAUAGGAUCCAUGCAGUAUAAAGAGCAUGGAUCUUGCAUAGCAUUGUAAUCCUGGUUUAAUUUAUGUAAGCUUGAAUCUUUCAGCAGACUUAAUUGAUCUUUGGACCAAUGGUUUCUAAUAUUUAGUCAAUAAAUCAUGCCCUAGGUUCUAUUCCAUACAAGCAAUUAGAUGAUUUCCAUGUGCUUUAUGCAUAUCUUUCACUGUCUAAAGUAAUGUCGCUCCUUUCUCAGACUGUGUGGCUAAUCAUCCUUUUGCAACCUCAAAUCAUAUGCCAAUAUAUUCCCUACAUGUAAUCAUCGAUUCUCUUUUGCGGAUUAAUUUCCUGAUUUCUCUGUUUAUGCACAAGUAUUGCUACCAUUCUUUAUUGAGAUACAUAAUUGAUUGGCUGCUGGCACAUGCAAUUAUUCUCACAAAAAAAAUGAUGCAGUGCUAAUAGAGAUGUAAAUGAAGUUAUGUUACUUUCAUAUAGAACCUGCCUUAGGCUAAUGUCCACAUACAUGUGCUGUUAUCAUUGUCCAUGUAUAUUGCAUCAAUUUUCUUGAAAUAGCUUGCCCGCGGCAAUGCGCGGGGUACUAACUAGUUUGAAAAAUUUUGUAGGGGGAAGAAGAAAAGUGACCAUGGCCGACCUGCCGCCGGCAAGCGGGCGCGACCGCCGGCGAAGGAGCCGCGCUCCCGCUGCCGCCGCGGACGAGGAUGGAGAGGAGCAGCACCUCAACCCGUUUCUCGACGUGGCACUGCCCGCCUCCUCGAGGGUUCAGUUCAGGAAGGUGGCGUCGCGCGCGCGGUGGUUGGAGGAGGCCGGCGCCGCGGAGGUGGUAGACAGCAAGGGUAAGCUGUGGCUGACCACCGGCGUCACCCGCGGUGGCAAGCUGUACUACAAUGUCGAGGAGAUCGGGUUCUUGGCAGAAAGAGGUGCUUUGAUUCUUCUCAAUGAUAAGAAUGGAACGAUAGGAAUGGAGGGCAUCUAUGAAAAGAUUGCUGGGGGAAAGUAUGGGUGCUCCUGGGAUGCUUUCCAAGUUUAUAAGCACUUGAAAUUGCUUGGAUAUAUUGUUGGACGAUAUGGUGUUCCCUGGACAAUGACAAAUAGUGGUACUAUUCGUCCCCCCACGAGUAUGAUUGACACUGAUCAGAGCUUCAAUAGAGUCGAUGACACCUGCAAUGACAUGACCAAAUUGCUCAAGGAAAUGCACAUUGAUGGGAUAUCUCCAUCCUUUGAAGUUUAUCUUCCAUACAGCAAGUUUAAAAAGUCAUCCCCAGGAGCCCCUAGUUUCCUCUUGUGUCUGUUAAGGGAUAAGCCACCCUCAAGGGUUGAAUUGGAAACUGUGGAAAACAAUUUCGGGGGCAUUCCUCUGAAGUAUUGCCAUGUUGAUAAUGGACGGGUCAGCUUUCUCUCCUUCGAUGAAGUUACUCUUCCAAGCUUGCCCUGAUGGAUAGCAGCAGGGACAUUUGUUAGCGUACCUUGUUGCCGCUGAUCUUGUAACAUACGUAGCAAUGACCAGAUCUUCAUUCAAUUAGCUCAGUUUGUCUCAGCAAUUAUUUUGUCGUUUGAAGCAUAGUUAGUUUGGUUCUUGUGUUAUCAAUGGCUGCCUGAUAGUACAUGAGAUGUUCCAUAUUGAGCUGAACGGGUCUUUUUGACCCACUGGUUUAUAUAUUCGAUAGUAUAUGCAUGCAUGCCUAGAA